AUGCCCUUAUGUAAAACUAACGAAAGUAAUAAUUACCGUAUUAAAAGUAUUAAAACUGAUGAUGGCAAAAUAACUUCUUCGGUAAUUGAUAAUGAUCCAACAGGUGGUCGAAUGAACGAUACUACUUCCCUGGUGCUUGUUCCUUGUCAAAAAGUUCAUCCAAAAACACUUGAUAUUUUCUGUGUCGGGGUUCAAAAGUUUCGCUUGAAUAGUUCAUCAAAAGUUCUGAAGAAUGAAACCUUUAAUCCUUUAUAUGAUCAAAAUUCUGAAAGUGAUAUGAUUCAAUCUCGUUUUAUGACAACUAUUGAAAGUUUUGAAUAUAAAAAUGUAUAUGGUGAUUUUAUUACUGUUGAAUGUGAAGAAGAUUGGAAAAUUGCAAAAGUUGAUCGUGAUAUUGUUGAUAAAAUGAGAAUUAUUGUUAGAGUUUCAUCAAAGUGA